GAAAGAGAGAGUGCGAGCGAGGCGGUUCACUUCAGGUCUUACCGUUUCAGUUUCACUCCGGCACGGUCUGAAAACGCGCGCGCGUCUAACUUGGCGCCUCGGUUCCUGAAUUCUUUCAUCGAUCGACACGAGACACAUCCGACAUCAUCCUGAAACACUUGCCCUCGACACGAACGACGACUCAUCGCCCGAGCGUUUUUCCCUCCGCGCGUGACGGGGGAGGCUUUUCGACCAGGGAGAAAGGAAUCGUUUUUCCUCAUUUAUUUCCCGCGACUGCCCGGCGGCUGGAGAGAAAGGGACCCGACCACAGGAGGGACCAGCAGUUUCGCAGAUAAGAAGGAAUGGGAUACGGCACGGAAAUGGAUGGCUGCGGACGUUUUAUGAAAUAUUCCCUGUUCUUCACGAACUUCGUCAUCUUCAUCGGCGGGAUUGUCGUAACCGGCUUGGGCGUGUGGGCCUUGAUUGACAAAGUACCAUGGAUAGGCGAGCUCGUGGGGAACGAUCUGUUGACUGGCGCAGUUUACGUUUUACUGGUUGGCGGCAUCGUCGUGGCGUUUAUCGCCUUCUUCGGGUGCGUCGGUGCAUCGCGGGAAGUCAAGUGUAUGCUCUUGACAUACUUCAUAAUCGUAUUCCUGCUGUUCGUGACUAUGCUCAUCGGCGGCGUCCUGGGUUACGUUUUCCGCGAGAAACUGCUGAGCACGGUCGAUAGAGAGAUGAGGAGUUCGAUCCGGCUUUAUGAUCAUCGUAAAUCCAUUCGCGAGGCCUGGGACACCACGCAGACGACGCUCCACUGCUGCGGCGUUACCAGCUGGCGAGACUGGGGAAGCUACGGCCUCAACGUGCCAGAGAGCUGCUGUCGAGAAAUUGCACCUGGCCAGAGAUUCCAAUGCAACGCCGGCCCGGACACGGUAAAUCCCUCCAACGCUUACAUGGAGGGUUGCAUCAACGGUACGCGAAUCUACAUGCAGCGACACGCGGCCAUUAUGGGUGGUGCUGGUAUUGCAGUCGCAUGUCUCAUGUUCUUCGGAAUGAUAUUCUCCUGCGCACUCUUUAAGAUGAUAGAAUGACAGCAGGACAACAGUAUAGUCUGAGGCGGUUCCAUGGUCUUCGUAAGAAGGAAAUGAUGAGUCUUCGAAAUCCUCAGAGGAUUCGCACCACCAACUUUACCAAUCAACGAAAUUACUUGUCGCCAUAUAAACACAGUUACAUACAAUUGAUUACAUCGCGAUAAUCAAAAACACGAAUCUCCAUCCGGAUUGUACAGAUCCCUCUGAUUUGUUACACAUAUAUAUAGCAUUACGCGUCACGAUUACCAUUUACAUUUUGUAUGUAAUUUAUAUUGUUUAAGAUAUAUAUUUUCAUUUAGUUGCAUAUGUAUCACUUAUAGUAUAUAUGUUAGUGAAUCAUACAUGUACUUUACAUAUAUUCUGUGCCGUAAUAAACACAACAUAUGUAUAUAAUAUUGUGCAUCUAUACAAUCCUUUUACUAAUUACUCUUGAUCGA